ACAGAGCGACGCUUCACAACAGAAAUGGAGGAAGAUAACUCACAAAUACUGCAAAAUGCUCAUUAUGAGUUCCAGAACAAAAAUUUUCCGCAGGCAGAGGCGCUGUACACAAAGUUCAUAUCUUCCUGCUCACAGAACAGGGACUGUGAAGCUGGAAGUCUAUCCACUGCUUAUAACAACCGUGGACAGAUAAAGUACUUCCGGGUGGAUUUCCAUGAAGCAGUAGAGGACUACACUUCUGCUAUAAAGGCUGACAGCCAGUGUGAAAUACCCCUCUACAACAGAGGACUCAUCCAUUAUAGAUUAGGCUUUUUUGAUGAUGCCAAGAAGGAUUUCCAGCAAGCUUUAAAGCUCAAUCCAGAUUUUGAAGAUGCCAAAGUCAGCCUGCAGCAGACUCUUCUGGACCAGCAGGAGAAGAUAAACAGAGGAUACUGAGGAUGUGCUGCUCUCUGGAGGACGCAAAAUAUAAAUCCACGUAUGAAUCCUUCAGCCUGUAAACAGAAGGUGUAUCAAAGUACACUAUGCCAAUCAUUGUCAGCUUGGCUCGAUUUGUUGCUCUAAAAGCUGUUGCAAAAAUCAAAACACAUCCUGAGGGAAAGAGGCCAAAGACUCUGGGAGAGUCGUGAUCAAAAAACAAACUGUUUAAUUUAUUUUACUUUGUUUUUGUUUUUUAAAGGUUCAAAAUAAAUAAAUGUAUUCAUUCAUGAAGAACUGACAGUGAAAAAUUAAGAACACAUUCUUGCACAAAAUAAAUUUCAGUUGCAGCUCACAAGUAUGCUGAUAUUUAGUAUUAAUGAAAUAGUGAUGUUGUUAGAGAAUGUGAAUAUUUAUAUAUAUUACUGUUGAAACAGAAAUGUAUUCAAUUGAAAACAAUAAAUUAU